AUGGCCGACUCUAAACAAGCAGGACCUUCAAGUGACCCAGCAGACCAUCCAAGUAACCCAGUGGACCAUCCAAGUAACCCAGUGGACCAUCCAAGUAACCCAGUGGACCAUCCCAGUAAUCCAGCGGUCCCUCCAAGUAAUCCAGCGGGCCCCCCACCAGGGUAUACCACACAGCCAGGUCAACCAGCAUACACCACCCAGCCAGGUCAACCAGCAUACACCACCCAGCCAGGUCAACCAGCAUACGGCACCCAGCCAGGUCAACGAGCAUACGGCACCCAGCCAGGUCAACCAGCAUACGGCACCCAGCCAGGUCAACCAGCAUACGGCAUCCAGCCAGGUCAACCAAUGUACCCUGCCCAGCCAGGACAGCCAAUCUACCAAGGCCAACCACCACCCUACCAGAAGCAGGCUGGAGUUCAUGUAGUUCCAAUGCAGGGUCCUUACAUCGCCCAGACUCACACUGUUGUUGUUACCCAGCCAGGUAUUGUCGGUCCGAGGGCGGUGCCGGGCUCCACCUGCCGCUAUCAACAACAUCAAAUGUUAAUCAUCUGUCAGCACUGCAGCGCGACUGUGAAGACCACAACUACUUACGAAGUGGGUUUACUCACUUGGGCUGCAGCUGGACUAAUCUGCGUGUUCGGGUUUUGGCUCGGGUGUUGCCUGAUUCCGUUCUGCAUUGAUGCAGCUAAAGAUGUCAGCCACACCUGUCCCAGCUGCGGUCAACUGUGCGGAAAGUUCCAACAUUUCAGUUAAACCACUAGGCCUAAUGUGUCACUCUGUGCCUAAUGUAUCACUCUGUGCCUGUGUCACUCUGUGCCUAAUGUGUCACUCUGUGCCUAAUGUAUCACUCUGUGCCUAUUGUGCAGUCCAAUUUUCGGAUAAUAUUUGUUUUGGAAACGUAUAUU